CUCUUCUUAUGUUCAUAGUAAGUUUUUGUUUUAUCUUCAACAGAUAAUGAACCAAACAGAUACUUCACUUCAACACCAUCAUCUCCGAUGCCAAUAACAAACAUCGUUUUCGACACGAAGAGUAGUACCUCGAGAGGUAGAGAGAAUACCAAGAAGAUGUCGAGACAGAGAAAGCGCUCAUCGCCACAAGCUAAAGAUGUUCUUGUCAAAAACAAGAUGGUGACAAGGACGACGGAUGAUUCGAGUUGGCCACAGUUUGAAGAUGAAGACUACAUUGUCUUCUGUUUCAAAGAAGAUGGAGCAUUUGAUGUUAUAAAGAAUGGGAAUAAUUCAGAGACUUCUUCCCAUUGCAUUGAUUUGGUUUCUACAAGUUCAAGACCACUUAAUUAUAGUGAAGACGAUAAAGCAGCCAAAAGAUACAACAAUGGAGGUCACAUCAGAUCAGGCCAAAAGGAGGAUGAAGAGGAAGAAAUAGAGAAUAUUUACAAGGAUAAAGAAGAGAACAGAAUGGCAAAUCACAUUGAUGUGAUCAAUGACAAUCCGAUUGAGGAAGUGCCUACCGAAUCAAGCGACUCGAAUCAUUCAGAUGUCAGCAAUGGAUCCUUCGCGUUUCCUGUGUUGGGAUGGGAAUGGAGUGGAAGCCCUGUGCAAAUGCCAAAAUCAAAAGGUUUGCGGCUGAGAAAGCACAAGGCGCGGUGUGCAGGAUUUCAGUACUGUUGUAAAUUCUGAAACAGAAACUGAAAUUAGGAUUUCAUUUAUCUCAAUGUCAUUCAAAUCACAAACGAGAUUCAGACUUUGUUUCGAAUGACGAAGAAGCAUCUUCUGUUAUUUAGUGUUCAAGAGUCUUGAA